UACAAGUGGACUUUUAUUUGUCAAAUCGUUGUAACGUAAUAAAACCCGGAAGAUGGCACUAUAAUUGAACAUUUUACAUGUGUAAAUAUGGACAAAAUCAUUUUGACGUCAAGAGAGCCAAGUAUUCACAGUAGAGCAUUGAAACCUCAGUGUGGCAGGAUGAGAGCCUUAUCUGCAAUGAUUUUCUUGGCCGUAUGUGCGCUGGUGGUUAUAAUCUACCAGGCCGUACAACAAGAACUCAACAUCCGAAACCUGAAAACCCGCAUCGCCCUUUCUACUGAACAGGUGAAGCUAAAGGAGGAUGGGAUCAUGAGCACCAAAAUGCAAGUAGAAGAGAUGAAUAAAAAGAUUUCACCUGUAAAUACACAAAGGGAUCAGCUUAAAAAACAGAGGGAUGAAAAAAAGAAAGCCAUUGCUCAGUUGGAUAAGGACAUGAACACCUGCAAAGCCGACAAGGAUAAAUUAGACAAGCAGAAAGCAGAGGCAAGCGAUGCAGUAGAGAAAAUAAAAGUGGACCAGGACGCUGAGAGGAAGAAAGCCGAGAUGGAGAUCGAGGGUUUGAAACAGAAUAUUCUAGAUCGAGAUAUGAAGAUUUGUCAAUUUGUGGAUAUGAAGGUGGAUGAAGCAAGGAUAUUAUGCACAGCUGGGAAACAGUGAAGGACCUCUGGAUAAAUGAUCUAAUAACGGUGUAUAGUUCGUUUUUUUCACAACCAUUUUUUUACAUUAUUGUUAAAAUGGUAUUUCAUAAAUUAUGUUAUGUCCUUUAUGCAUAAAAUAAAUGUAGACCAAAAUGAUAAA